AUGUUGGAUUUCAUAAAUAACAAACCAUUACAACCACCACCACCACUUUAUAUACAACAAAACACUCCCCUACACACCACAUUUCUACAAAAAAGAGACACAUCAUCCACCACUACUCCUAAUAACACAGGUACUAGUAGCAGCUCAAUACCACCAUCAACAACAGCAUCAUCAUUUACACCUUCAACUUCUGCUCAGCCUACAUCCAACUCAGAUACAGGUAACAACACAACACCACCACCACCAUCUACAUCAACAGAGAGCUCUUUUCCCCUGUCUCCUUCCCAAUCUACAAGUGAGACAACUUCUUUUUCAUCUAGCGAAUCAACACCAUCCACCGUGUCGUCGUUAAUCCCAACAACCACGUCAGAUCCGACUACACCUCCGACACAAGGGUCUCUGGAAUCUACUCCAAGCACAUCAGUUCCAACACUGUCAUCAGUUCCAACUGAAAGUCCAAGUACAAGUUCAUUCGUUAGUUCCCUGUCUUCGUCCUCGUAUACGUCGUCGUCAUCAUCACCGACAACAAGUGAUUUUAGCUCGUCAAGUAUGUCUAGUUCGGUUCCAACAGAAACAACUCCGAGCACUACAUCAAGCUCAAGCUCAUCUGCGUCCCUUCCUACAACCACGAGCUCUGAAACAACCCCAAGCUCUACGUCUUUGGUAGAACCGUCUAGCACAGAGUUUAGCUCAGACCCGCUACCAUCCUCCUCCUCAAGUGAUACCAGUAUCAGUUCAAGUUCCGAUACACUUAUUCCUUCGAGUUCAUCGGAGGAAAGUACUUCAUCAAGCACUACAGAGUCAUCAUCAUCAUCUUUUGAAAGCAGUACUACUUCCACUGAAUCAAGUAGUUUUAUACCCAGCUCAACUAGUGAAAUUUCAUCGUCUACCAGUGAGUCAUCAAGCUCAUCUUUUUCAUCAGAGACGUCCUCGUCAUCUUUUUCAAGUGAUACCACUUCUACUAGCUCAGAAUCUUUCAGCUCCUCAUCAUUGUCUGAAUCUAGCUCUGAGUUUAGCUCAUCCACUUUUGAAAGUUCAAGUUCAGAAACAUCAUCGUUCUCCUCAUCCACCUCAGAUCAAAUAUCAAGUAGCUCUUCUACAGAGGAAUCUUCAACUUCUGAAACCUCAUCUUCAGAACCAUCAUCAUCAUCCUCAGAGGAAACAACAUCGUCAUCGUCAUCAGAGGAAUCACUGACGGCAAUUGCAACCACUUCAUCUAGAUCCUCAACCACCUCGUCUGCAUCAUCAUCGUCAUCCAGAACUAGGUCUUCCUCUUCACCCUCGUCUACUGAAGAACCAUCAUCAACAGAGGACAACUCUGAAACAUCGUCAACAGAGCCACCUUCCUCCACCACAAGCUUGGACAAACACAGCUCAAUUUCAUCAUUCACAUCCGAAUCCACAUCUAUCUACACUUAUCCAGAUACAACUAUCACCUCAGUUGUUGCUAUCCCCACUUCAACUGUAGUAUCAACCGACCUGGGGUCUACGGCAUCACGUAAUUCAAAGCUUAUUGGUGGAUUAGUGGGGUCCAUUGGUGGAACAAUUGUCAUUGGUUGUCUUGUUGUGUUGUUUUUGUUUCUCAAGAAACGUAAAAGACAAAUCACAAACCAAUCGCCUGAUUUCAAUGGUGGUGAUGCAACCAAUAGAUUGGGUGCUGGCGAUGACGAAGAAGAUACUUCACUCGAAGACAAGAAUGACCACAUCUUCCAUGACUCACCCAAUGGUAAUAUGCAACGAUCCAAGCUUGGUUGGUUAACGUCAAUUUUUUCGAAAAAUAACAAUGGUGCUGGUCAUGCAUCCGAUGCCAAUAAAGCUGCCAUUACUGGAAGCGGUGCUGUUGCUGGUAUGGCUGGCGUCGGUGCCAUGUCUGGUGCUGGUGGAUCAAACACAUUCAAGAGAUUGAGAAAUAACAACGAUGACUUGGAGAAUCAAACAGGAUAUGGCGCCGCGGCCCACACAAACCGUGAUGAUGGUGCCGAUGUUGGUGCUGAUGACGAUGGAUUCGCGUACCGAGGGGUGACAAAUGCCAACAACUUGGACUCGAUUUUCCGUUCCAAUGGAAACACUUCAUCAAAUGCUAGAAACUCAAGUUAUUUUGGUAAAAAUUCAACUAGAGGCUCUUCGAUAUCUGGUACUGGGGAUACAUUUGUCAAUUCAAGUGAUAGUCCAUUGAUGUCAUCUCCACAAUACCCUCAGGAUCAAACAAGAAUGAACUCAUAUGGACAUCCAUUGGCUCACCCAGAUGAUUUUAAUUUCGAAGAGUACCCACUGACGGGCAAUGUGAGAUCUGUUUCUGGGGGCACUGCCAGAGCAGCCACUGCAAGUGGAGGUGUCCCUGUCGCUGCUGCUGCAACUGCUGCUACUGCCACUACAGCACAUCCUGAUCAUCCACAUACAACUACAUCCAGUUCCGAAUAUGAUUCAGAUCAUAUCAACAACGAUCGCGGAGGACAACAACAGCAGCAACCAUAUCAUCACGACCAUGAUGCCGCUUCAUCAUCAGCUUCGUCAGAUGGCGAUUUCAAUCCAAGUGACUACGACGACGAGCUGUUUAUUUUACCUGGAGACGAAAUGACCCAAGUUGGCCGUGGUGGAGCAGCAGGUUAUCAGCAACAUCCUCGCGGUGGAGGAUACAUCGUGCCUUUUGAACAACACCAACAACCCCAACUGCCAUUUGAUGAGUAUGUCCAGCAACACCAACCACAGCAACAAAAACAACCUAAUGGUGGGGCCGGACUGAACCAUCCGUAUGCACGUCGUGAUGCACCCCCUCCGCCACCACAACAGUACAUGGGUGAGCAAUUUAGGUCUGGGCCAUAUGGGUCCAACAAUUCAUUGUCGAGGUUCCAAGAGGAUAUCUCGUGA